AUGAAGUGGUUUUUAUUUAUUGGGUAUGUCAUUGUUUUGAAUAAAAUUCUUGGUAUAUUGGGUUGUACAAAGCCUUCUUUUGAAAAUCUUAUUGUUCAGUCGGAUUUUAAUUUAUAUAAAUUUCUUGGUAUUUGGUAUGAAAUAAAAUGGUUACCAGAUCAACCACAUAAUGAAUUUGAAAUCUGGCGAAAUACUUAUCUAGUAUUUCAAUUAGAAAACUCUUCAACACAGACGAUUGUAGCGCCUGGUAGAGGACGAUUAAUAAAUACAAACUGUUUUUCUUUUGGACCUUGGGUCAUUAUUGCAAAUAAUAAUGCAAAAAUGAUUCUUCAAGCAGUUGAUAUUAAUGAUACGAAGCCACUUAAUAGACCUUUUUAUAUUUUAAAAACUGAUUAUGAACAUUAUGCAUUAAUCUAUAGUUGUACAUCAGAAAAUUAUAUACAUACGAAUCCAUGUGAAAAACCUCGUUUAUGGAUGUUUAGUCGAACUACAUCAUUAUCAAAUGAUUAUUUAAUUGAACUUGAUAAUUAUAUCGUAAAUAAUUUAUGUAUUAAUUUAACUGAACUUGAAAUAACACCACACGAUGGAGAAUCAUGUUAUUCAUCAUCAUCAAAUAUUUGUGUUAUUAAUAUAAUUUUUUUCAUAUUUUUAUUUCUAAUAUACAUAUAA